AUGAAAAAAGAGCUCUUGAUUACUCUUGGAAUAACUGCGCUAUCAGCUAUUGCUAUAGUAACUGGUUAUUUAGUCUACGAAUAAAAAAAAGUAGUAGUUAUUAACAAUCCACCUUUUCCUACUACUUUCCCUCAAAAUUUCAGCUUAAAAAAGGGAGAGUUUUUGUUAAAUGAUCAACCACUCUACAUCGCAGCUGGUGAAAUUCAUUUCUCUAGAGUUCCUCAUCAAUAUUGGAGAGAUAGAGUAAAAAUGAUUAAGGCUUUAGGUCUCAACACUUUAAGUGUUUACAUUAUGUGGAACUACCAUGAAAUAUAACCUGGUGUUUUUGAUUUUGAAAGUGAUGAUAAAAAUUUAAGAAAUUUCCUUUAAAUUGCUAAAGAAGAAUAAAUGUAUGUUCUCAUUAGACCAGGUCCAUACGUUUGUGCUGAAUGGGAUUUUGGAGGUCACCCAUACUGGCUCCUUAAGGAUGAAAGCAUUGAAUUACGUUCAACAGAUCCUAAGUAUUUAGAGGCUAUCACUCUUUAUUUGAAUAGAGUUGCUUAAGAAAUAGAAGAUUAUCAAAUAACUAACAACGGCACAAUAAUUCUUUUAUAAGUUGAAAAUGAAUAUGGAUACUAUGGAAAGAACAAUAAAUAUCCUAUUAAGCUGUAAGAAAUGUGGGAAAGCACUGGUAAAAUCAAAGUUCCCUACUAUACUGUUGAUAAAUGGAUAUUCAGUAAAGUUGGACAUGUUAAAGGUGCUGCUUUUGGUUUAAAUCCAGGUACACUUGAUAUAGGUUAUUGGUAUACACAUCUCCUAGAAAAAGAUAUGCCCGUCAUGAGCUCUGAAACUUAUCCUGGAUGGCUAACUCAUUGGGGGUAAAAUUACUAGGGAAAAAGCACUAAGGACACAGUUAAAAUGUUUGAAAGCAUUGUAAGAAAAAGACACUCGUUCUCUAUUUAUAUGGUCUUUGGUGGCUCUAAUUUUGGAUUAAAUGCAGGAGCCAAUAAUAAUCCAUUUAACACUCUAUUCUAACCUGAUAUCACUAGCUAUGAUUACGAUGCUCCUAUUAAUGAGUAAGGUGCUGCCACUGAAAAAUACUAUGCUUUAAGGGAAAUGUUUUAGACAUACUUCAAAUGGGAUUUCCCUCCUGUUCCUUAAAUUACUCCUGUCAUGUAAAUAUCUCCUUUUACAGUAUAAAGAGUUUCUUCUUUAUGGUAGUUAAUUGAAAAAACUCCUAAAUAGAUAUUUGAUUCCCCUAAAAGAUUUGAAUUCUUUGACUAAAACUAAGGUAUUAUUGCAUAUACCUUUGAAGUUCCUCUAGUAAAAGGUAAAAAUGAAUUGAAAUUUGAAUAAAUCAGUGAUUAUGCAAGAAUUUAUUUAACCGACUCAAAGGAAUAUCUAGGAACUAUUGAUAGAAUACAUAACCAAAAAAGUAUUGUUUUCAGCUAAUUCUAUAACUCACGUGCAAAUAUCACUGUUAUUGUUGAAGCUUUUGGUCAUGUUAAUUUUGGAAAACACAUGUAUGAUCCUAAAGGUAUUUUUACAAACAUAACUAUCAACAAAUAAUAAGUUUAAUCUUCAUUUUCUCAUCAACUCAUUCCUCUUCAAGAUAUUCCUAAUUUCACUGAUUCAAUAUCAGGUAAAGAUGUUAAUGUAGAAGGCUUCUUCUAAGCAAAUUUCAAUUUAGAUUAAAAUACUACAAUAAUUGGAGAUACUUAUUUGGAUAUGAGUUCAUGGGGUAAAGGUUAUGUUUGGGUUAAUGGAUUUAACUUAGGAAGAUUCUGGAGUGAAGGUCCAUAACAAAGAUUAUUCUGCCCAUCUACUAUACUCUAAAAGGAAAACAACCAUAUUGUUAUUUUAGACUUGCUUCAAAAUAACUCAUCUCAAGUUUCUGGGUAGCUUAGUUUGAAAUGA